UUUAGAUUUAAUAAUACAGUUACAUUGAUCUUUCCAAAGGUUCGAAUUUUAUUGCAUUCUAUUCAUAUGGUUGAAUUAAUAAAACUAAUAGCCAAAAUGCAGAAAGUAUUUCUAUUUCUAUAUAUAAGUGCUGAACAAAAAUACUGAGAGUAAACAAGGGAAUGGAUAAGAAUAACCAGAAGAAGUUUGUGCUUGUACAUGGAAUCUGCCAUGGAGCUUGGUGUUGGUACAAGGUGAAAGCCCAGCUGGAGGCUGCUGGUCAUUCUGUGACCGCAGUUGAUCUAGCUGCAUCUGGUGUAAACAUGACUAGCCUGGAUGAGAUUCAGACUUUGAAGGAUUACUGCAAACCGCUGCUCGAGUUUCUGAGCUCACUUGGCUCGGAUGACGAUAAGGUGAUUCUUGUUGCUCAUAGCAUGGGAGGAAUAUCAGCUUCACUUGCUGCUGAUAUCUUCCCUAGUAAAGUUGCUGCUAUUGUCUUUGUGGCAGCUUUUAUGCCCGACAUAAGCAACCCGCCUGCUUACGUUUUCCAAAAGCUGGUCAAAGACGUUACACAAGAGGUAUGGAUGGAUACUGUGUUUGGGAAACCUGAUCGUCCUCUAGAGUUUGCUCUUUUUGGACCAGAGUUCAUGGCCAAGUAUUUGUAUAACCUAUCUCCCCUCCAAGAUUUUGAAUUGGCGAAAAUGUCGGUGAGGGUAAGCCCGUUCAUGACAAACAACCUGGCAGGGACAAUAAGCUUCAGUGAGGACAGGUACGGAUCCGUUACACGUAUAUAUAUCGUAUGCGGAGAGGACGUUGCGGUACCUGUGGAUUACCAGCGUGGGAUGAUCAAUGACUUCCCGGUGAAGGAAGUACUGGAGAUCAAAGAUGCAGAUCAUAUGCCAAUGUUCUCUAAGCCUCAAGAACUCUGUGCUCUUCUCUUGGAGAUUGCAGAUAAAUACGCCUAAAUAAACCUGAGAUCGUUACUGCAAAUUAGUAAUGAAUUUCAACUUCACCACAACAAAAAGCCAUAUGAGAAACAAUAUUUUAGAAGAAUGAUUUAGUAAAUAGAGAUCAUAAGAGAACUAUAAUAAACAUAUUCCUAGACUCUCCAUUGUAUCCCUAUAAAUUUGUACAUCUCUUCUCCAAUAAAGCAUUCACUUUCAAAAACUACAAAUUUUACAAUCUCUCUUUCCAAAAACUUUCCUGCAGAUACUAAAUACUAUGGCCACUUCUCACCUGUG